UCCAAAGAGGGACUCUGUGACUGUUUCUCACAGUGAGCAGCAUUUCCUUCAUUUCCUUUUCUUCCAGAGCAGACUGUUAACUGUAGUGAAGAACUAUUGAUUACUUCACUCUGUGGCCUGCGAUGUUCAGAUGGGAACGCCGAGGGCAUAGGGAACAGUUUGAAGAGGAGAGGAUGGACUGAAAGGCAAUAUUUUGUCUGAUGUGGUUUUCACAUUCAGACAAGGGUUCAAAGGUUGACCAUCUGCACAGACUUCUGCUCCCUUCUCCCCCGGCAGUUCCUGGAUUAGCAGCACUGAUGAAAAUGGCAAGUUCCCUAGACUUCAUUCUCCUUGACCUCCUUGUCGGCCUCAUCUUCUUCCAGCUGCUUACCCCCUGCUCAGCUCAGUUUUCUGUGAUUGGACCCACUGUAACCAUUCUGGUCAUGGCGGGUGAAGAUGUUGAUCUGCCCUGUCAUCUGCCCCUGAACGUGAGCAUGGAGACCAUGGAGCUGAUCUGGGUGAGAUCCAGGCUUAGGGAGGUAGUAUACCAGUAUGCAAAUGGGCAAGAAGUGGAAGACAAACAGAUGGCAGAGUAUCGAGGGAGAACUUCACUUUUAAGAGAUGGCAUCGCUGAAGGAAAGGCUAUUCUCCGAAUUAGUAAUGUCAGAGCCUCUGACAGUGGAAACUACCUGUGUUAUUUCCAAGAUGGCAACUUCUCUGAAAUAACCCUGGUGGAGCUGAAGGUUGCAGACCCCUUCUGGAGGACCCGGACCUUCACCCUUGCUGGGACCCUGGCAGUCUUCCUGCUGCUUCUCUCAGUAGCAGGUUACGUCCUGUGGCAAGAGAAGCCAAAAGAGGCUGUAUCCCAGGAGAAAGAGACAGAACAAAAGGAAAAAGAGCCAGCAUGGGCACAAGAGGAACAGGAUGAAGGGUAAAAGGUGGAGGGAAGUCUCAGACCUAUGCUGGACCAAUCUGGCAAUUGUCAAUCCUCCUCAAUGUGUGGGAGUUUUCCUGGACUAGGGGACUGGUGAGGUCUCAUUCUACAGUGCCAUCGUGGAUAUCAUAUCUACAUCUUCCCACACAUCACCUUCUGCGGGCAUCUGUGGCCUGUGGCCUGUUUUCAGAAUUCAAUCAUGGGAUCCCACUGCCUUGAACAUUUGCCCAGCGCUGACCUGAGUGCAGAGUUCUCUUGUUCCUGACCUGGUGUCUGACCAUUCCUUGGAGACAACUGUGACCCCAGGAUCUGCUGAUUGGAAUGGGGACCCUCAGGCUGAAGUAACAUCCUUGCUCUUCCAUGCCCAUCCUGGAGCUGAGUGCCUCCUCCUUAAAAGCAACACUUUGCAACAAUAAAAUACUUACUAAGUGUA